GAUGAAACUAGUCUGCACAUGCUCAGAAGGAUUCUCUCUCUGCCUGCUGAAAAAGAGCAGGAAUACUUAAACACCACAGAAGCUGUUCACAAAAAACUGAUUUUGAGGUGAUUUCCUGUGAUCAGAAUCUAAACAGGUGUUGUGAGCUGAUCGAACUCACCGCCAAAAUUCAGGGACAACUCUUCGCCAUUCUUAACCUCGCAGCUGCUGAAGGUGGACAUUAUGCCGGAGUGGACACUCUCAAAACACGCCUACUGCCCUGGCUUGGGACGUGUUUCUCAAUGGCGAGGCCUUCAGUCUCUGAUGACACCAGUUUACAGCUCAUCCAGGAGUCGGUGGAGAAGGACAGGAUGAUCAGGGAGCUCUCGGCCUCUCAUGACAGUGACGUUCAGAAGUUGGAGAAUCAGCUGUGCUCGACUCGCCUGCAGCUGGACUCGGUCAGAUCAGAGUUGGUCGAAGCUCAGACUGAACUUGAUGAGACAAAGAACAAAUCAGCGACCACUCUGCUGGCCACUGAGGAUGAAAUAUUACAGCUGAAGGCAGAUUUGAGAUCGGCUCACGAGCAGCUGGAGAUUUAUAAAAGAAAGGUGGAUGCUCUUGAUGACUACGAGCGUCAGAUUCGCUUACUUAGAGAUGAAGUGUCCUACCUGAGCAAUGAGAAGGCCAUGCUGCAGGAGAGAUUGGUGAGGAGCCGUUCUCCGAGCCCCCUGCCCCGGCUCAGUCGAUCAGCCAGCCCGGUGAGGAGUGAGUCGCCCACCAGAGCGCAGCUCACUAACUCGUCCAGACGUGCUCGCCUUGUGUCUCGCCUCAGUGACCUGUACGCCGUGGAGCGACUUGAGGCCCAGAGUCUGCUGAGACGAUACAUCACAGACUCAGAGAUGGUCCAGAAAAUCAUCUUCAUCGCUGUCGUGGAAUCCUUUCAAACAGCAAAACUGGCAUACCGCCAGUUCAAGCUGCGCGUGAGAAAAACGCUGUCACCAUCACAUUACGGUCCAGAGAGUCUGGAGGACGCAGCUGUGGACUACAUUGUCAGAAACCUGGACCUGUAUGACGUCCAGACCAGUGUCAAUGAUGUGAUCAACGCCAUGAACGUGAACCCUCGGAUCUCCUUCCCUCCUGAGGUGGACUUCGUCCUCAUCAGCUCUCUGAUCAGAGAGACGUGCAGAGUCGCCUUCGCUGUGCAGACGUUGGACCCACCGCUCGACUUGGCUUUUGCCAGUGAUGGAGAACUUUACAACGAAAACAGGUAUCGUCGCAGCUAUGACUCUGAUUUCACGGCUCCUCUGGUCCUGUACCACGUGUGGCCGGCUUUGGUGGAGGGAGAUGUGGUUCUGGUGAAGGGCGAGGCUGUGACUCGACGAGGAGCUGUGUGGAGCAGAUACCGAAGCAGAAGUGUGAGCCCAGCUCGCUCUCGCUCUCUCAGCCCGACUCGCAGUCUUGCAUUUAACAGCAAAAGAAGCCUGUCUCCUCAGCGUCUAAGAGCCAGCUUCCUCUAACUCAGGACGAGGACGUUCAGCUGUACCUCAUGUCAGAAUAAUAAAAUUCAAGGUAUUCAAAGUUGGUUUUGAUGGUUAGACUUCUACUUUCACCAAAUAAAGCUAUGAAAUCCUCAAAUGCUGACCGGCACAUGAAUGUUACACUGCUGAGAGGACGGUUUAACGGGAAAUAACAGUCUGCAUGAUGAAAGCCUGUUUACAUUUGAACUAGUGAUGAGUUUUGGGCAUUCAGAUACCAAUAGUCUACAUUUUAGUACGUGUGUCCAUACUAUGCAUUAACAGUCCGUAUUCACUGACAACCUAAAGGAUUCAUUUACCUGCCUCUUGUGUAACAAGAAGCCCGUACGUCAUUUCUGUGGCUCUCUAACUGUGGCUGAGUCAUGGCAGGUAGUCCAGUAAGACCAGGGAUUGGCAGUC